AUGUCUUCUCUGUCCUUCUCCUGGUCAACAUUUGUGCUGUUCAUCCUCCUUUCCUCAUUUCUACACGUCUCAGAUAAUGGUCAUGCUUCUUUCUUCGAGAGAAAGCCUCACUCCCUCGGCCUCGGGAGCCUGCUUGCUGUCAAGUCGACUCCGGCCAAUCCCCAAGCCAGCCAAUUAUCGCCAGACGACGCGAUUCUUGUAGGCAAGACUAAUCGACGCCGGCUGGUGGUGAUGCGACAUGCGGAACGUGUGGACAUCUGCUUCGGACGCAGUUGGUUGGCCAAGUGCUUCUCCAAAAAGGGUAUGUUGUAG